UUCAAAAAGUGUUUUUUCACGAGCGUGUAUAGUAGUAUCUUCUCUCUCAUAUUAAAUCCACACCAGCCAUUGAUUCACAGCCUUUCUGUGGAUCUACACUUCUCCGUUUCUCUACUGGAAGCCUCCUUCUCUGCUUCGCCAGAUCCAUCAUCAAUUCCACCAAUUCGAUCCACUCCGUUGCAGAUCCGCCAUGGAUUUCAUGAAAGUCUUCGAUCAGACGGUCCGAGAAAUAAAGAGGGAGGUGAAUUUGAAGGUUUUGAAGGUUCCAGAGAUCGAGCAGAAGGUACUGGAUGCAACCGACAAUGAACCUUGGGGCCCUCAUGGCUCUGCCCUGGCAGAAAUAGCUCAGGCCACUAAAAAAUUCACUGAAUGUCAGAUGGUUAUGAAUGUUCUGUGGACAAGAUUAAGUGAUUCUGGCCGAGACUGGCGCCAUGUCUAUAAGUCACUGGCCGUUAUAGAGUAUUUGGUGGCUAAUGGAUCUGAACGUGCUGUUGAUGAUAUAAUUGAACAUACUUUCCAAAUCUCAUCACUUUCAGGAUUUGAGUAUGUUGAACCAAAUGGGAAGGAUGUUGGAAUCAAUGUGAGGAAGAAGGCUGAAACCAUUGUGGCUCUUUUGAAUAACAAAGAUAAAAUACAAGAAGUUAGAAAUAAAGCUGCUGCAAACCGCGACAAGUUCGUUGGACUUUCCUCAUCUGGAGUGACAUACAAGUCUAGUUCAGCCCCAUAUGGCAGCAGCAGCUUUCAGAGUGCUGAUCAGCAUGGAGGUAUGAGUAGCAAACGAGAAAAUGAUUCAUUUAGGGAUAGUUAUAAAGACAGGGAUCGGUUUGAUGAAGAAAAGGUCAAUGAGGAUACUUCUGCUAAGUCACGUCAAGGGGUUGCCAGUGAGAAUGAAGGGAACACCUUUAAAAAGGGAUCUACACGCUAUAGCAGCAAGGAUAAAGAUACUUUGUCAACAAAGGCAAAUUACUCUGACAAGUACGGGUCAAUUCCCUCCCACAGUUCAAGUGUGCCUUCAAUUAAUGAUGAAGAUGAUUUUGAUGACUUUGAUCCCCGGGGAACUUCCAGUACCAAGACCACUGCUGGAAACAUUAACCAACCAGACCUGUUUGGGCAAAGUUUGAUUGGUGACCUCAUGGAUGCACCGGCACUUGUUCCCACAGAAAUGUCUGCCAUCAACAGCAAUUCUGCAGAGCCUGAUCUGUUUGCAGAUGCAACUUUUGUUUCAGCACCACCUCAUGUAGAAGAAGGUUCUAGUUCUCAGGUUGAGGUGAAGGUUGAUCUAUUUGGGUCUCAACCUGCUGGUCCUUCUGUGAAUCCUCCAGCAUUUGACUUUUUUGCUGCCCCUGAUCCAGUUGUGCAAUCAGAAACCAAGUCUCAAAAAUCUGACACAGCCAGCCCUGACAUUGUUGAUCCAUUUGCUGCAGUUCCACUAAACAGUUUUGAUGGAUCAGAUCUUUUUGGUUCAUUCACUUCCCAUACCAACUCUGCAUCUACAGAGCCUACACAAAGUCCUGCAAAUGAUGGCAACCUUAACAAUUUGAAUGGAAAAUCCUCUGCAGAAUUUCAACCUCCACCCAAGAAGGAUGCUUUCCAGGUUAAAUCUGGAAUUUGGGCAGAUUCACUGAGCCGUGGACUGAUUGAUCUUAAUAUAUCCGCACCCAAGAAGAUAAAUCUAGCAGAUGUUGGCAUUGUGGGAGGAUUGAGUGAUGGAUCGGAUGAAAGGGAGAAGGGACCCCAAACUUCGUUUUCCAUGGGACAAGCCAUGGGUAUUGGCUCCGGUCUUGGUAAAUCUGGGUUUACAUCUCCACCAACAGGUGGAGUUGGUGGAGAUGACAUCUUCUCAAGUCUCGGCAGCCAGCAAUACCAAUUCGGAGGCUUCAAGAAAUAAUAAUAUAUAUAUUUUUUUCAUUUAUCCUAUUUCAAUCUGAUUUUUCCUUAUAUUCAUUUUCUCAUUCGAAGUCUUGAGCAGAUUGGAAUGCUUCUUUGUUGUCAAUAUAUGCACCUAUACAAUAUGGAGAUCUGAAAAUUGUCUUGUUUUGCCUGGUUUCUCAUGAAAA